AGGUACAGACAGGAAGUGAUGUCAGGCAGGAUGUUCCAGGUGGUUUUGAAGUAGAGAAGAGACGUUACCAGAAGUGGCAGCAGAGGAGGUAAGUUAUCCGUCUACAAGGAGACCUGUAUAGAUCACAUGAUGGCACCAAUGAGGAUGCAGGAGGACCAGAGUCACAUGACUGAGAAGAUACUAAACCUCACCCUGGAGAUCAUCUACCUGCUGACCGGAGAGAGAUUUCCUCUUCUGAAGUCAGGUGAUCAUAUGACCAUCACAGUGCCUCCAUGUGACUCCCUAAACCCUGAGAGACACAACAUGCAGAAGAUUCUAGAAGUCACCAAGAAGAUGAUGGAGCUGCUGACAGGAGAGGUUCCUAUAAGGUGUCAGGGUGUCACUGUCUAUUUCUCCAUGGAGGAGUGGGAGUAUUUAGAAGGACACAAGGAUCUCUACAAGGACGUCAUGAUGGACAAUCAGCCGCCCCUCACAUCACCUCGGAUGGAUCCAGUCAUGGGAACCCACCAGAGAGAUGUCCCCGUCCUCUGUAUUCCCGGGAUUCCACACAGGAAGGUCACACCAUCCCUCACCAUCAUCAGAGUGGAAACCUCGGGGAUGAUAAUAUUGAUGUUAAAGAAGAGUAUAAAGAGGAGGAUGAGGAGUAUGGAGAGAUGGAGGAGUUUUCAGAAGGACACAAGGAUAUGAUGGAGCCACCUAAUACCAGGAACCCACCAGAGAGAUGUCCCCGUCCUCUGUAUUCCCGGGAUUACACACAGGAAGGUCACACCAUCCCUCAUUGUUACAAGGUUGUAAAAGUUGAGGUUAAAUCAGAAGAAGAAGAGGCGUAUGUGAGGGAUGAUCAGCAGUCUAUGGGGGAGGAUGGAAUAACGGGGACAUUUAUAGAGGAGGACACUCCUACAGAGAUCAGCACAGUCUAUGGCCGGGAGAUGAGGAAAACCUCCGAGGAUUGUCUCACUUUGUCUCCAGACUGGAAAGUAAGAUGAGGAGGACAGGAGUCCAAGAGAAAACCCAGCUCCCUCCAAUGUCCAU